AUGUCAUCCAUACCCAUCCCUGUGCUCUCCCCUGAGCCAGAUGCAAUGCAGAUUGAUCCACAACUUCUGGAUGAGAGUCACAUCACACAGUGGAAUGAUCCUGAUGAUGCUGAACCCAUUGCACGUUCAUCUCAAGAUUCACACUUGACAGGACCAAAGGCUCCUCAGUUUUUGCACACACUUGUGCACAAACAAUGGUCCACUGCCAGGCAGCAUAAAGUUCUUCAAGCUGACCUUCAGUGCCUCGAAGUGUUGUAUCUUGCUGAAUUUCAAAAGCAGCAGGAACUCGAGGCAGAUGGACACAAGGGCAAGCAGAUGCAAGCUGGUGGUGGUGUUUUCCUCAUGUCUGAGGAUGCUCUGAAGUUGUUUGAACAGAGGAAGUGUGAGAAGGUGGAGAAAGAAGAAGCAGAGCAACUUAAGCAGGUUGAGAAGGAACAUGAAGAAACGGCUUUAGCUGAUUGGUGUGCACAGCUUGCUGUGAAUCUUGAUGUAUGGUUUAGUGGGUGGCUUACCUCAAAGAAGAAACAAGACCUGCAAGACAUUGCUUUCAUUCUUGCUCUGUCUACCUCUGGCACAAAAUCAGAGCUUAUCGCUACCAUUGUUAAUCACCUCAGCUGGUCUGUGUACUUGCAAUCAGAUGCCCAAUUUUCAAAACUUUUUAUUCCACAAAAUCUCAGGGACUUGGACAUGCAUGAUAGUCAACAACAGGCAGCUAUUGAGGAAGAAAAUCUGCUGCCAUCAUGGCCUGUUGCAUCAACGUCUUCUCACAUGCUUGAUGACAAUGAACAUGAUCCUCCACUUGUGCUCGGUGCACAUCCUCUUCUGCAUUUGGCAAGCCAUCUCCCACUCGCAUCUGCAAUUAAUACACCUUAUCACAAACAUCCUCACCUCAAAUCAUUUCAAGCUCAACAUGAUCCCUUUUAUUAUCCACCUUAUUAUCACUCACCAGCACAAUUACCUGGACUGUGA